GGAGGGAGCCUCGCUCCUUGCAGAAGCUCCUUCCUCCCGGGAGCCCUCCGCACAUGUGCGGCCAGCAGGGCCAGUGCCACUCGGGGUAAUCCCAGGUCGGGCAGCUCCUGCCCUGAGCCACCCCCCCCGCGCGGCCCUCUGCUCACCCUCUGCUGGGGGUGCGGGGAAAGAGACUUCUUCGCAGGUCGAGUGUUUUCUUUGUGGGGCUCCCUUCCCCGAGAUGGGGCAGUGGCCGCUGCCUUGGGGCUUUCCCUGGAAGGCGAGAAGGUCAGCCCACAGCUGUUGGUGGCGACAGCUGCGUGGAGCCUCCAUGUUCAGAGGCUGGUGACUCCCCCCCCCUCAGCCAUGGCUCUGAUCGAGGGUGUGGGGGAUGAAGUGACCCUCCUCUUUGGCGUCUUGCUGGUGCUGAUGGUGCUGGUUCUCGCCUGGUUCUCGACCCGCACCGUGGACCGGGGAGACCCCCUCUUUGCUGCCUCCCCUCCUCUGGCUGCGGGACAACUACGGGAAGAAGGUCUGCUGGAGGACAGGUCAGGUGUGCAAGUCUCAGGGGUAGGACAGGUCAAGGAUGAAGGGGCACCUUCCUCAGAGGCCGCCUCAGGUGGGCCUGGCUCCGGCCUGGGGGACCUGCGGCAUAGGACAGGCCCCAGCUCUGCACCGGGAUCCUCACUGCCCCCCGCUGGCACAAGCGCAGAAUUUCCUCCGGCAGACAGCGGCAUUGUCUUGCGGCUGAAGUUCUUGAACGACACGGAGCGCCUGGCUCGGGUCCACCCCGAAGACACGGUUGGCGCCUUGAAGAGGGCCCACUUCCCAGGCCAGGAACAGCUGGUGCGGCUCAUCUACCAAGGGCAGCUUCUUCGGGACGAUUCGCAGACGCUUUCCGCCCUCCACCUCACCCACAACAGCGUGCUGCACUGCCACAUCUCGCAGUACAGGCCGCCGUUAGUGCCCGCUGGUGCCCAUGCCCAUGCCACCCAUGCCGAUGCCGCCCAUGCAGCCCUCAAUGUGGGCAGCCUGAUGGUGCCGCUCUUUGUGCUGAUGCUGGGCGCCCUCUGGUAUUUCCAGAUGCAGUACCGCCACGUCUUCACCGCCACGGCCACCACCUGCCUGGCGGGCCUCACCCUUGUCUUCAGCUUCGUGGCCUUUGCCGUCUACCGCAGAUAACGCCUGCCCUGGCCACCGCUGGAGCUGCAUCUGUGGGCCAGCCUCCCCCAGGCCUGGACUUGGUGCCAGAGGAGGGAAGCGCUCCCCCUGCAGCUGGCCCAGCAGUCAACGCCGGCCUCUCAGGCUGCCUCUGGGCUGCCUCAGUCCCACCACACCCCAGGGCAGCCCGUUGCACCUGCCGGUUCCUGCCUGCACCACCAUGUCCAGCUUCAUCAGUGGGCGGCUGGCUUGGACCUUCCAGUGGAUCUGAAUGGGGGGCAAGUGGGGUAGGCCGGAGGGAACAGGUGCAGGGCUGCGGGCUGACCCCGUCCGCCUGUGGGGCCUAAAUGGAAAGGUCCUGGGGUGGGGGGCUGAUGGGACGGAGCGGCUGUGUGUGCCUGGUCUGGUCUGCCAGGUGUGGCUGAGCUGAGGGCCCUCCAGCGUGGGAGAAGGGGGGCAUACCUGACAGUGGCUUAUUCUGAAAUUAAAAGAAAACUCUGAAGGAAAGAAAGUGGCCUGCUUUGUGGUGUGUGGCUGGGGGGGUCCUCUUCUUACCUGGAGGGGGUUGCAUGGCCAGAGGCUCCCCGCAGAAGGGCUGCAGGGGGCACCCUGGAGUCUGUUGUGGGUUUGGCUCCAGUUGGAGUCCCUCUUCAAACUUCUUCUGCUGUGGGGUUGUGACACGCAUCCUUCAAGCAAGAGAGCCCAGAGAAACCUCCAUGCCCAGAGGCAGGGUACCUAUGACUGGCAGCUGCAGAGAGCACGGGGGGGGGUUGCCUUCCUUCUGUGCCUGCUUUUGGGCUUCCCAUCAGGGCAUCUUCUCGGCUGCAGCUGGAGCGAAGAUCCAAGGCUCUCGAGGCUUUCCCCCAAAGCCAGCUGCUGCCUUCUCCUCCUCCUCCUAUUCUCAAGAAUUGCAGCAAUUCCCAACAUGUGAUGUCUCUCAGACGCCUGCAAGCAGGACUUGAGCAAGAGCCCUUCCCUGUUAUAUGUCCCCACCGCCUGCUGUUUCGAGGUAGACUGCCUGUGACUAUGGGUGUAAACUUUAACUGUCAUGCAUAAUGAGAAGUUGAGGGGAGGCAGUCAUGCGAGAGAAUAGUCUAAUCCUUUUUUGAUGCCAUCUGAGUUAGUGGCCUUUGCCACACUUUGUGACAACUAAUCUGAAAAGUUAAUAUAUGCGUUGUGUGAAAAGAGACUUUCUCUCGCCUGUCCUGAAUCUCUUAGCAGCUUCAUUGGAGGGCCCAGCUGGGCUCUGGCAUUGAGAGAGGGAGGAAACGCUGUCUCUGCAAUUUCAACAGCCCGCACACCAGGGCUGGAGGGGCCCACUUUGUGCCAUGGAAGCUGGGUGCAGUUGGGCAUGCAGGUCUUCAUGAGCUAAAUAGUUUCUGGAAAAAAUUGGAAGAAGUAAAUAAGGAGGUAUAGAAAAUGAAGAUAAUUGUUUCCUUUUCCUGCCAACAGUAUAUUAAGAGGCCUCCAACAAGGGCACCUCCAGGUUUCUUCCUUCCUUCCUCUGCCUCUUUCCUUUCCUGUUCUUCCUGUGUUGCAUCCAGGCCUCAGGGGCAGGCAGAGAGGCAAAAUCCCUGGAACCUGGACUGUGAAAAAAUGCAUUACAAAAUAAAUGUUGGUGUCUCAAUGGAGAGUGGCUGUAAGGUCUGUUGCUAAGUCUCAGCCUAUCCAUGUCUCCUAUAAGCACCAACAUUUAUUAGUAUGAUUCAGACAUGGCAAAGCGCAACUUACACCUUGAGACCAGAACUGCAAGGCCCCAGUUCACAUUUGCUCGACAAGCAUUUCCUACAGGUCUCUUAAAGGAACAGUAUACCAGAGAGGCACAUAAAGAGAACGCUAAUAUGUUUUGGCAUCGGUUUGAGGUGAAAUUAACAUUAUGGAGUACAAAUGCAAGUCGAGCACAGAUGAGAAAAGGAACGUGAGAAAGAUAUGAAGAAGCAAACGGUUAGGCAAGUUAAUUCCACCUGGGCUUUUAUUUGCAAAUUGCCAUGUGGUGAUGAAGGAGAUAGUGCAAGCCAGUCAUUGGAUGCUCAAGCGUUAUUAGAAGUAGAAAAAGCUAAUGAGGAUUCUGCUGAAGUAGAAGAACAGAGAUGUCUGUGCAGUAGCUGUACUCAGGUGAGGACAGGUAAGUCUUGUAUCUCAUUACUGAAUACUUCAUUUUAGUGAACUAGAAGAAAUUUGCAUAUUUCCUUC